UCAAGGAGAGAUUAGAUUAUAUAGUUUAACAGAUACACUAGUCAAAGAAAGUAUAAAUGCUUUGCUUCUUUUAGGCCUAGCAUGCCCUAAUUUUUCCAGCUGUAUGUUGGACGUUAUAUGUUGUGGUCCAUAUUCAUGUGAUGGGACCGAUCUAUAUGAGUAAGCUUAACGAAUGGGAAUAUUGUAUGAUAUGUGAUAGAGAAUACUUGGUAUCCUCCGCAAAUGCACAACCAGCUGCUUCCACACGUCAAUUCUGUGAAGAAAACUGAUUAACCAUUAAAAAAACAGGCUUCUUCAGUGAAAACACCCUUUGACACUCCUACCUAGUCCGUUUUCAUAUAGUAAUUUGUUAGGGGAAAAAGUCAUCGGAGAUUGGAAUGUUCUUGCAUCAAUUCAUAAACAUAAGAUGGUUCAAGUUCUUAUAUCGGUGUCAUAUCUGACUGGUUGUGCUAUUUGCUUUGAUAAGAUGUGCGGUAGAGCUUUGUCAUGUAUGACUUGUGGUGAGAUAUAUCAUCUUCAGUUUAUUGAAGUUUCGAGACGACCUAGACCAUUUUCAAUAGAUUUGUAUACAUUUCUAUAAAAAUAUAAAACUGUAUUGGAAAGUGUUUCAAAAAAAAAAAAAAAUAGAACUGUAUUGGAAAUGGUUUUAUAUCAUACGGUUCAUUCAAAUCACAUGCUUGAAAUUAAAGUUACAAGUGGAGAAGAGUGCACAAGAAUAGCUGUUUUGAUUUCAAAAUCAGCUUCGAUAUUGAUUGCAUCAAAAUUCAGUGAAUAUGUCUAGAAUGAUCAAGUCUCACAUUCAAAAUCUCUACAACUUUUGGAUGGGUGACUUAAAGUUCAUUCAAGCCAGUAUAGUACGUUUGUGGUUGACCCUGUGAUCCCUUCGUUCUACGAUUGUGUUGAUUGUAACUUUACUCGCCCAUGUAGAAUGGUCUCAAAGUGUUCGGCGAUAGUGGACAUAUUGGACCAAAUGUUCCCCAAAAUCAUCAUUACGACUCAAAAGCUGCUCCUAUUUAUUCAGAUAUUCAAAUAAAAAGGAAAAUACUGAUUAUCCUAAUCUCAUCAUUUGCAUACCUGUAUCACCUUAAUAUAAUUAUAGAAAAUUCGAUUAUCCUUUUCUCAUCAUUUGCAUACCUGUAUCACCUUAACAAAACUAUAUAAAAUUAUUUGUACCUAAAACAUAAGAUAUGGGUUCAGACUUUACCAAAUUCAAAGAAGCAUCCAAAAGGAAAAUAUAUAAUUUCAUUAUUAUGUGUACUAGCCAAGAUAAUUUACAUAUGUGAAAGGUUUUGAGCUAAAUGUUGAUUCUUUUUUGUUUAUAUUAUAAAUUUUAUUUAUCUAUUUAGGACUAAAGGCUGCAAAUGGCGCGAACGUUUUAGUCCAAAAGCUUCUUUAGAAGAAAAAAGUGCAUUUUCUUUUUUGUUUUUGUCUUGCCAUUUGGUCAUAAUAACUUUUUUAAAUAUACUUUUUAGUGAUUCCUUGAAACUGAUUUUGUUACAAAUUAUUAAAAAUUUGCUUGGUAACGUUAAUUUCAUAGACUUUUAGCUUUUUCAUUUAUUGUAUAUGUGAUUUUCGUUGCAUUAUUUGUUCAUCUAUUUACAUUAUUUGUUCAUCUAUUUAUUUUUCGUUUUCUAAUUAGGAACAUGGUUAUUAUCUCAUAUAAUAUUAAUCAAAUUAUAUUUGUAGUCAAUCAGUUUAAAAUCUCCCUGAAUCAAUUAUCCACCAUAAUCCGCACUGAAGUUAUUUAAAUAAUCCUUAAAUGAAUUAAAGCGUGUGUAAAUGUGAUGUCUCAAGUAGUUCAUGCUGAUGCUGGUGAUAAUUAUACAAACAUAAGUCAUUCUUUAAGCUUUUUCUGAAAUUGGGCCCCUAUUCUUCUCUCACUACAUACAUUCCAAUCUUAGCUUCAUUAUCUGUCACAUAGAGAUUCUGCUUCUUCGGCUUUUCUUUAUAAUAGGGAAACAAAACAAAGUUUCAUUAUAUAAGAGAGGUUCAAAAAAUCUUUUGAAGAGUGAGAGAUCAGAUGGGGAAUCACAAGUUCAAAUUUUCAGAUAUGAUCCCAAAUGCAUGGUUUCACAAGCUCAAAGACAUGACUAAACCCAAAAACAAACCUGUUUCUUAUUCUUCCUCAAACACUUUUAACAAGAAAAAACUCUCCUCAGAUUCUCUUCCUCAUAAAUCUUCAGCCUCUCAUUUCUCCAACAGCUUAGUAGCUAACAGUCCUCACCACAACUCACCAAGAAAUUCUACUCACAGAAAAAGGAUGAGUAAAAGAAAGACACUUUACAAGCCAUCUCUUAAACCAAACACUCCUCCUUUUGCAUCUGCAGGUUUUAACAAGAGCAAGAUGAAUGGUCAAGAUUCCUCCCACUGCCCAUUUCCAGCUCUUGAAAGAUCCCCUGAGUAUUUUGUGUAUAGUUUCUACGAAGAGAAGGAUGAUGAAUUCGUCGAUCAUUCCAACUUUAAGAUCAAAGAAAACAACAAAGCUUUCACAAAGAAAGCUUGUCCUGCAAGAAACUCAAUCAAGAAACCGCUAAAACCCCAUCUUUCUGUGAAGAUUAGUAAAGAGAAAGAAGAAGAUGAAGAUGAUGAAUGCAUAGCAGAGAAGAAAUACCAAAAGCAAGUCUCUAGUGGAAGAAAAUCAUCUGCAGGGAUAAACCUCAGAAGAGUAAAUUCACCUAGAAUUCAACUCUCAGGUACGCGUAGAAGCACGUCUAGAUCAGAGAACAAACAAGCUGUUCUUGAGAGUUUUGCAGUGAUGAAGAGUUCGGUUGAUCCAAAGAAAGACUUCAGAGAAUCAAUGGUGGAGAUGAUAGAAGAGAACAACAUCAGAGCUUCAAAAGACUUGGAGGAUCUUCUUGCUUGUUACCUUUCCUUGAAUCCAAAGGAGUAUCAUGAUCUUAUCAUCCAGGUAUUCGAGCAAAUCUGGCGUCAACUUACAAAAACCAAGUUAAAAAAAACCCUCUUAAUGUAAUGUCAAUAAUUAAUUAACCUCCGGUAACAUGAGUAUUAGUAUCUUUCUGUCUUGUGAAGUUGUAGUUUUAUGUUUUUUCCUUUUCUUUUAUUUAUUUUUCUUUUAAGCAAUGGAACCAAAUAAUAAAAGUAGUUAUCAUCUUGUCGUUUUUUAAUUCAAAAAUGAUCGAUCACUAUAAGGGCGUGCAAGUACUGAUAAGACUUGAGACAUAAUUGACCACUUACCAUAUUCUUGUCUUUUCUAUGACAUAUAAACAGAGUUAAUCUACUGCUUCAAGAUUUGUUAGUGUUAUUUCUUAGAACUUGGUGAUUGAUUGCGCCAUUAUCCUUUGAAUAUUUUGAAAUUACAAAGUUGAAAUUGGCGGUAAAAACAACAUGGAAGAGACAUGAACAGUUUGAAACUCAACAAGUCCGGAAUAAACAUACGAGAGUGCAUGAUCGCUGGAGAUAAAGAGGACCACUGACACAUAAACUGAGAUUUAACCAAAGAAUCAAGAAACAUAGAUGUGAUUUAAUCUUUAAAGUUUUGCUUUCUUCUCAUCUUUUUGAAGAAGGAAGAAGAGAAAGAGGACCACUGUUCCCAUCUCCUACCUCUGUUUGGCUUAUGAAACUUCAGCGAAGACAUGUGAAUAGAGUAUGAUUUCUGAAUGAACUUUCUCGAUUAAAGAGCAUCAAGUAUUAAAACAUUGAUAUAAGAUUGAGAACUAUAAUAAUAUGUAAGAAGUAUUUGAUAAUCUAUAUUCGUUUUCAAUUGGUUUUGAGUUACAAGCCAACAUAUUUUGACGAAUAAAAUAUUUCUUAUUUUAUCAUUGUGUGAAUUUGGAUUUCAUAGACUGCCAAUUCUGUGUGAACUUAUAUAUAAAAAGAUAAAAGUUAUGGAAAUUAGACAGUGAAACAGUAGUGUUAGCCUUCAAAAAACAAUGUUGUUUACACACAAAAACCAGUAAACUACACCACCCAUCAGAAACAAAUCACAUUUACAUAAAUUUUUGUUUUUUAACAACCACAAAUUUGUCCAAUGUAAAACUACUCCAACUAUAAAAUUCACGCUAAAAAUGUGAAAAAUCAAAUCACAAAAUAGUUUCAUAUGAGGUUUGAAAACUAUUAACCAAAAUUACUAUUUUAUUCAUCCAAAAUCAUUUAAAAUUGUUUACUAUAAGCAGAUAUUUCAAAACAUUCUAAAAUACUAUAUUGAAAAUACAUUCUACAGAUUUGACUGGUAAUAUACCAAUAUAAUAAAGCAAAUAGAUAAUGUAAAAAGAGAAAUUAAAAUGGUAGGAAAAAAAGAAAUACAAAAAAAAACAUAGACAAUAGUUUUUUUAACCGACAAAUAAUACUAUUUUAACUAGGCAAUGAACUCGUGCGAUAUCGCACGAGAACUCAUUUUGUAAAAGAUAAUAUGUCAUAUUUUAUAUAAUUGCUUUUAGUAAAAUACAUGUGUUACAAAAUUAUUUUGCAUGCAGCUAUAUUUCUUUAUUAAUAAUAUUAAAAAUCUAUAAUAAAUUUACAAAUUUGUCAACACCAGAUAAAAUAUACAUUUAAUCAUUUACUAAAUUUAUAAUGUAAUUUAUAAAGUUAAGAGAUCUUUUUUGGUAAUUAAUGAUUUGUUUGAAACCACAUAAAAAUAUAUGUAUGGUAAAACAAAAUUACAUGGUGUAGUUAAAAUGCUCAGAUUUAGGAAAAAGCAUAAUUACAUUUAGCAAGAAAUUUUUACAAAUGAAAAAGAUAAGUUAUAUUCCAAAAUGUAGAGUUGAUUUAAUUCGAUAUAUAAAUUAUAUUUUAUCAAACUUAAUUUGAAAAAAAUGGUCGAUUAAGGAUCUUUUAACAAAAGAUAGUAUAUAAAAUGAUAUUUUCCACGAACCAGUUGAAAAAUUCUCUCAUAUAAUCACACAACACGAAACUCAUGAAUAUGGACUAUUUACAGUUUUUUUUAAAAAAUUAUAUGGAAGGGCUAUAACUUUUCAAAAUGUAAAGUAAUUAUUUUAAGAUAAUACAUUUACAAUAUAUUUUGAAAAAAUAUAUCAUUACAAAAAGACACAUAAUGCAUUAUGAAAACCUUUUAUAAACACAUAUUAAUACGUUGUUAGAAUGAAAAUACAUUUAAACAUUGCAUAAUCAAAGACACAUAAUUAGAUAAAGACACUAGCUGGAUACUUUUACAAAAUUUAAACUAAAUUGUUUAAUAAUGAAAAGAAACAACUUAAAAUAAUGUAUUACAAAACAAUGAAAAACACAUUUACCUUCUUAUAACAGAAAAACACAUCUAAACAUUUUUACAACUUUUUCGAUAAUUACAUACAAAAAGACACAUAAUUAUUUUAAAUUAAUUUAAUCUCCUGUAUAUAUAUAUAUUUAUAUAUACAUAUAUAUAUAUAUUAUAAAGUCACACAAAAUUUUAUAGAUUGAUUUUAAACUAAUAUUACUUUUAUAAUGAAAAUACACAACCGUUUAUAAUGAAAAACACAACCUUGGAAAUUAUAAAGAAAACUAAUGAAAGUAAAAAAGACACAAAGACACAAAAAUGUGAUGUAGGCACAAAUAUAAUUAGAUCUCAAAUGAAUAUUUACCUGUAGAUGUGUUUACAUGUUUGGAAUAUAUGCUGGCAAAAAUAUCAUUGGCAGAUUAGCAAAAAUUCCCAAAUUGUAAAAUAAUGUAUACAUAAAUACGUAGCAAACAAAAUGUAAUAAGCUUCCUUUUUAAAUUUCUUCAUUGACUUCUGUUUCACAUAAAAUUCUGUCUCUUUGCCAUAUAAGAAAUGUCUACAAUUAAAGUUGAGUCUCAUCUUUUGAAACAAAUUUCUAAAAUUAUAACUUUAAAUAUAAAAUGGGUAUACAUUUUUAUCACAAGCAUACCUCUUUCACGUUAAAAGUAACUUCAUGUUUGUGAUAAUAAAGCUCUCAUUUUUCUGUCCUUUUGUGAAAAACUAAUCUACAAAAUAGAGAUAUAUUUUGAUGACAUGUUCAGUUUAUAUUCUUUUGAGGAAAUGAGAAGAAUGAACUUUGAAUACUGCAAUCAUAAAAUUCUGUCGAUUUUCUUUGAGACACUCAAAAGCCAGAGAAGAUGAAACUGCAGAUAAGAAGACAUAGAAAAUGUAAAGUUCAAAAAAAAGACAGAGAAAAUGUUGAAAAGGAGUUGACAUAACUGGAAGUUACAUAAUUCAUCGUGUGUGAUGAUGGUAGUUUGUGAAAAUAGGGAUUUAAUCUUUUUGGCAGUUACAAAAAAAUAUUUGUGGAUUGUAAACACAUGAGUAAAAUCUGAUUGGUCAAAUAAUUUCUACUUCAGUAUAUAAAGGAUAUUGAAAAGACACAACCGUAGAAAUUCAUAACACUUCGAAGUAUACAAAUAACAUAAUCUCACACAGAGAUAUAAAUAGAUUUGAAAAUCAUGACUGCUAAAAGAUACAGCUUUUGAUUUAAAAAUAGACUGAUGCACCUUUGUUGAAAGUACACAAAUUUGAGAUAAAUAAUUUCUUAAAACUAAUAAUUGUAGAAAAAUACUUACUGGUUUAACUAUCUUUUAAAAGUAAUUUGUCUUUUAUAAUGAAAAAUACAAUUUUGAAAAUAUUUCAAAACACUCUUAAAACUAAUAAUUGUAGAAAAACACUUGCUGGAUUAGUUAUGCUAUUUUGACUUUUAUAAUAGAAAAACACAUCUAUUUGAACUAAUACAUUAAAAAAAAAGAAUAUACGUAUUCUACAUUUCUUAGAUGUAAAAUACAUUCUAUGAUGAAAAGAAACAUCUAAAUUGCAUAUUGAAAAACAAAUUUGAUUUGAAAAUACCAUAAUAAAAAGACACAAAUUAUAGAAAGACACAUCCUUUAAUAAUUUGGCAAAAUUUUAAAUUAAUUAUAUUUUAUAAUAAAAAGAUACGACUUCUGGAAUUAAUUGGAAAUUUGUUGACAACGUUUGAUUUGAAUACCUUCUAAAAAUUUGUACUAAAUAACUGCAUAGAACAUUUUUUCACCAUUUUAUUAUUAGUUAGAUUAGUGAAAUUUUUAUUUUGAGAAAUGUAUAGACAUGGACUAUUUAUAGAUUUUGAAAAUCUUUUUGAAUAAUCACAUCUUUUCAAUUUAAAUAGUCACGUCCUUUAAAUUUAAAAGUAGUCAUUUGUAAAGAUACUUAUCCGAAUAGUCACAACUUUCUAAUUUUUUGAAAAAUAUUUAUCAUCUAUUAAUAACCUUUGGAAUUAAUUUGGAUUAAUGA